AUGUUCUUUCUUUCUUCUAUUUUUAAGAAACAAAUUUAUUCAGUCAUAAGCCUGCCGGAAGUACUAGAGUCAAGAAUCUAUCUAUCUAUCUAUCUAUCUAUCUAUCUAUCUAUCUAUCUAUCUAUCUAUCUAUCUAAUCUUAGUUCAUGUCUAUCUAUCUAUCUAUCUAUCUAUCUAAUCUUAGCUCAUGUCUGUCUAUCUAUCUAUCUAUCUAUCUAUCUAAUAUUAGCUGAUCUGAUAUCUAUCUAUCUAUCUAUCUAUCUAUCUAUCUAUCUAUCUAUCUAUCUAUCUAAUAUUAGCUCAUAUCUAUCUAUCUAUCUAUCUAUCUAUCUAUCUAUCUAUCUAUCUAUCUAUCUAAUCUUAGCUCAUGUUUAUCUAACUAUCUAUCUAUCUAUCUAUCUAAUUGUUGAGGGGCUCAUAUCUAUCUAUCUAUCUAUCUAUCUAUCUAUCUAUCUAUCUAUCUAUCUAUCUAUCUAUCUAUCUAAUCUUAGCUCAUAUCUGUCUGUCUGUCUAUCUAUCUAUCUAUCUAUCUAUCUAUCUAUCUAUCUAUCUAAUCUCACUUUAUCUAUCUAUAUCAGUUCAUAUUUAUCUAUAUCCAAAAAUACAAGAAAAAUGCUAACUCCCUUCCCUGAAACGAAAGGCCUUCUCAAAUGUUUUUCGGGUAUUAAAAACUAUCUUGAACAUCAAUCAGACAAGUGCCAACGGACUGAAGUGGAGAACCCCACCUCCACGUGGUGGCAUUUGCCGAUAUCUCCUUCCUGUCGUCCCGGGCGUUCCCUCAUCACAUGCAAAGAAUCUCAAUUCAUUUUCUCCCCUAACAAUUUAAAGAAAAAAAAAAGUUGA